CGGGGAGCUGGCAGAGGUGAGCUGAGUUCCGGGCUUCUGCUACCUUGUCCUGUCAACACCGGAGAGCUGGAGCAGCCGUCAGCAUGCAGCCUCCUCCUAGGAAAGUGAAAGUAACCCAGGAGGUGAAGGUUCGAUUUGUGGAGCAGCUGUCAUGUCUGCAGAACAAGCAGCAGCAAGACACUGAACUCCUGGAAGACAUCAGAUCCUUCUGCAAGCAGCGUGCCGCCAUAGAAAAGGAGUAUGGUCAGGCUUUACAGAGGUUGGCAAGUCAAUACCUUAAGAGAGAUUGGCAUCGAGGAAAGAAUGAAACCAGUGAAUGCAGGAGCGUGUUUUCAGUGUGGAGGUCUAUGAUGGAAGGAACAGCAUUUAUAGGACAAACCCGAGUCACAGCUGCAGAGAAUUACAGAAAUUUGACAACGGAAACUGCAAAAACAGCCAGAAUUGCAAAGGAACAGCUCUUGAAAAAGAGCAUAGAGCAGCUCCUGAAAGUUCAAAAUGAAUUACUGGACACUGUGAAAGAAGUCAGCAAAACCAAGAAGCGUUACGUCCACAUGGAACGUGUCAGUGAAGUGGCAAAAGAGAAGGCUGCUGAUGCUGAAGCCAGGUUAAAGAAGAGCGACCAUGGAAUAUUUCACUCUAAAGCAAGUCUGCAGAAGCUCAGUGCCAAGUUUUCAGCACAGUUGUCAGACUGCACACAGCAGUUGGCAGAGGCACGGAAUGAAUACCUUUUUGCUUUGACUGCUGCAAACGCCCAUCUCGAUCUUUACUACCAGUCUCACCUGCCAGACAUCAUGAAGGUAUUGGAUGGGGAUCUUUAUGAGCGCUUGCGAGAUUAUCUUUCGCUGAUCAAUAAGACUGAACUCAGUACCUGCAGAUCCACUCAAGAACGGUUCCGUGACACCCUGGAUGCAUCUCUUCAGGUUUCCCGGCAGCAGAACUUACAACUGUUCCUGAAAGAUACCAGUGUUUUUUCCCAAACACCCAUUCAGAAAUUCCAGCCCGCAGGGGCGGACAAGACCCGUAAGUUAGUGACACUUGUUAAAGUGCCAGAUGAAAUGAAUGUCUUGGAUAAGGAGGCACGUAGAUGGACAAGUAGAUCUGCACGAGAUUACAAGCUGAAGACACAUGCGGAAAGGGUUAGUAGAAACCACCAAUCAGCUAUUCUACCUUAG